AUGUUCUUCAAGGCUUCUCUCCUUGCCCUCGUGGCAUCUCACAUCUUUAGCGCCGUCGCCCAGGACGCCCCUGAUGCCAAUGCCGCUCCCAAGGCUCCCCUCAAGGCCGAAAUCAAGACUACUUUCCCCGAAACCGACAUUCUCGGCGUAAAGCUCGUCAACGGUCGCCCUACCAAGGCUGUCAUUGAGGUCACCAACCAGGACGCCAACCCCAUCCAGGUUUCUUUCGUCUCGGGCUCUCUGAACACUCUUAAGGACCUUCCCGAGGACAGCCCUCGUUACGCUAGCAUCGUCCGCAACUUGACGGCCGUCCAGUACAACAUUGAGGUCCCCGCUGGCGAGAAGAAGGAGCUUCCCUUCUCUUUCGCUCAGGACAUGCAGCCCCAGGAGGUUCGCAUCGAGCUCCAGGCUCUCGUUUCUGACUCCAACGGUGCCCUCCACGAGGUUCUGGUCCACAAUGGCUCUGCCUCUAUUGUUGAGGCCCCCACUAGCUUCCUCGACCCUCAGAUCAUCUUCCUCUACCUCUUCCUCUCUGCUGCUUUCGCCGGCACUCUCUACUUCGUCUACAAGACCUGGAUCGAGGCCCUCUUCCCUCAGGCUAAGCGCCCCCGCACCAACAAGAAGGCCAAGAAGGCCGUCGAUAUUGCCGAGCCCCUCUCCGGUUCCGAGGCCGUCCCCAUUGCCGACGUCUCUGGCAAAGACUACGACGAGAGCUGGAUCCCUGACCAUCACAUCAACCGCCCUGUUGCCCGACGUGUCAAGUCUGGCGCCAGCGCCAAGGUCAAGCGAGUUGACUAA